GCCCCUAGGCUAGGGUGCCCCCCGGCCCGAGUUCUAGAAAGCUUACAGUGGAUCCAGGGAACCCCCUGCACAGUUCGGAAACGUUUCUCCGGACCUUGAGCCAUGGCUACGACAAAGCUUUUUACUGGAGCGCCCUUCGGGGUGCAGUCAGCAAGGUUUGAUGUGUCUGCAGUAAUUGCUCAGCCGAAGAAGCCAACGCCCACCUUCCCCCAGGUGUUGUACUCCAAACACUAUCUGACAAGCAGGACCCAUUUGGGACCUGGAAUGUACCACUUCAGUGAUGGAUGCUUCGAUGAGGAGGAGGUGAAGAAAGCCAUUGGAACUGGAUGGGCCAAAGCUCAGGAGGCCACCAGGUUGACCCAGUUGCCUCACUUCCAGUAUAAGUCUGUCAUCAAAGAAAAGAAAUUCCUUGAAGAAAACAUCGGUCCAGGAUCCUACAACUACAAAGACUUCGUUGAAUUGGCCCAAGAAAAACCCUGCAGCAACGUGGGCCUGCUCAGCUCUGGGGGAGUUCGCUUCUCAGAGAUGGUGGGGUGGCAGAAUUGUUUUCCUGGCCCUGGGAACUAUGGGAAAGGAGGGAACCCCUACACAGAGAUGGAGGAGAAGGCCUGGGAUCGAUCACACGCCAAAGGAAUUAUGCGCACCAAGUCUAAGAAGGCCUUAGAGUUGUCUGCUGAGGGCAGUGGCUUGUCUCCAGGGACCUACUCCUUCAAAAGCGGAAUGGAAGAAUUACUGACCCGGACCAUCAGCAAGCGUGGGCCCUACGAUGUUUUCUCAGGAGACCGGUCCAUGCCUAUCGCCUAUGGGCAUUACGCCACCCAGAAAAAAAAGCAAUUUGAGCUGUUCUCAUUCAAGAGCUUUGUGGAUGAGCUGAACUCACGUUGGAGGAAGAAACAUGGAGUCUUUGGAAAGUUGUCUCGGAGCCCAGCAGUGCCCACCGAGAGGAUCUACUGCUCUACUCUUAGCCAGUGGCCCAACAAACAGUGUAACCUGGGUCCAGGCUCCUACAACCCUAAGCCUAUGCCAGGGUAUGAGUUAAGCAACCAGCAUCCAUUUGGAUCUUCUUCUAAGAGGGUGGACCUGAAAUCCUACCAGAAUUUUGUUGGAAACACAAACCCAGUGGGUGUUGGACGCUACAACAACACAAAACAUGAGGCAAGAGAUGUACAGCAACGGUACCGCUCACUCUAUCUGUCCAAACCCAACCGCUAUCCGUGUGAAAACUACAUGAAGGAAUCAGUCCUACAGCAGCGGCUCAUCCCCUUUAACAAAGGGAAGAAUUAUCGGCCUUUUGAUCACAGCUCUGACCCUUCUCCCUUGGGUCCCUCACUAAGAUAUCUUGAGACCAGGGCGUGAGCCAUGCCCUCCAGAGAAGCCUAGUAAUUCAAAGUAGGAGGGAAGCAAGGGACGUGGGGGACACAGGGAGGGAAAAUUUGGAAAAGAAGGAAGACACCACAAAGCUGGGAUUUUAGCUCAACACAUGAGCCUAGCACUAGCCCUAGAAAUUGGCUGGGACACAUCUGGGACAUACUUUUGCUUCAAGAGAUCAGUUAAUUUGAGAAUCCAAAGAGAACCCUUGGUUUAACUGGGCAAAGAAAGUCAACCAACCCAAGCAAAUUGCAGGUGGGUGGCAUCUGGGAAGAGGCCUGCUAUCCAUCCUUUUUCGAAAGAGAUUUUCUGGAUUUUGGUGCAUUAAAAUAUAGAUUG